UAUUGGCCUGCUUGGAUGAGUCGCGCCUUUCUCAUUGGCUGGCUCCGGCGCGCUGGCUACGGUGGGAAAUUGGAAAAGAGAAUUUGCGCGCCGCACACUUGGCGCCCGGGGAUUCAAAACGGAGGAGCGCGGGAUCGGCGGAGCUUGGGGACAUGUGCACAUGAGAAUAUUCUGUACUCGUUCAAAUAAAUAGCUCCCCCGCACCAGCCAUGGAGGAGGGAUAUAAGGAAAACUGUGGGUUAAAUGUAAAUCCGAUGGGAACCAGGUCGCCCCCAAAGCAGCUCACGUCUGCCACCUCCGUGUUAGGGGAGAUCCAGCUUGCGGCCACCAAUUUAAAGACCCCUACAAAGCCUCAGGAAUGGAACAAUGCCGACCCCUGGACCCCGACGGCCAAUCUCAAAAUGCUGAUUAGCGCUGCCAGCCCCGAAAUCAGGAACCGGGAGCGAGAGAUCUUGGAGGAGCAGUUUUCUGGGGACGAACUGGAAAAGGUGCUGCCGAGCCGCAAGGAGAAGAGUUUGGGGUUACUGUGCCAUAAGUUCCUGGCGCGAUAUCCCAGUUACCCCAAUCCCGCUGUGAAUAACAGUAUCUGUCUGGAUGAAGUCGCCGGGGAGCUGAGUGUCGAGCGCCGGCGCAUUUACGACAUUGUCAACGUGCUGGAGAGUCUCCACAUGGUCAGUCGCUUGGCCAAAAACAAAUACAUUUGGCACGGCCGCCUCAAUCUCGGCAAAACGUUUGAAGCGCUGAAAAAGGUCGGAGAGGGGAAUCAAUACGGGGAGCAGAUUCAGCUGCUGAAGAAACGAGAACAGGACGAGUUUGAUUCCCAGAAUUCCCCUAAUCCAGAAACGCCAAAACCCCUUGUUAAGCACCCGGAAGUUGGGUUUGUGGAGCUCCCUGGUUUGGAGUUCAGAGCAGCGUCGGUGAACAGUAGGAAAGAGAAGUCCCUGCGAGUGAUGAGUCAGCGGUUUGUGAUGCUGUUUCUUGUGUCGGCCCCUCGGAUCGUCAGCUUAGAAGUUGCUGCUAAAAUAUUAAUUGGAGAGGAUCAACUGGAGGAUUUAGACAAAAGCAAAUUUAAAACAAAGAUCAGGCGCCUGUAUGAUAUCGCUAAUGUCCUGACGAGUCUGAAUCUCAUAAAGAAAGUCCAUGUGACAGAGGAGAAGGGGAGGAAGCCCGCCUUCCAGUGGACCGGCCCCGAGUCGUUUUCAGACGAUCAAGACUCAGAGAACAGGUCCAGCCCAACUGCACUCACCCCCGUGGCCAUUGACCUGAGGUCCCCAAAGGAAAACUGCGCCAAAAACCUCUUCGCUUCCGGAGGCAAGACUUUUACUCGCCAUCAGUCUCUUAUAAAACUCGCCAAAAGCAUCGAAAAUGACCGGCGGAAGAUAAACUCAGCUCCCUCCAGCCCCAUAAAGACUGGCGACGGAUCCUCCAGUGCAGCUUCCAAGAUGGCGCAGCUCGCAGCGAUAUGUAAGAAGCAGCUCCAGCAGUGCAGGGAUCAGACUAAAGUGAAGCUGAAGGUUUCUACUUGCAAAGUAAAAUCCACCUUGAAACAACCGGGGGGCUCCGAUAAGAACCAGACCCCACGCUGUCUGAGCCCAACCUACUGCCAGGCCUUCCCACUGCUCCAGCCUCACCCCAAUACUGCUCCCCCCUACGCUGUCAUUCUGCAGCCCCCCCACACACAAACUCUCUCCGAUGUUCCUCCCACUCUCGGCUACACAAACCCAAGUGACCUGCAGGCGCCAUCAGACGGGGACGAUCAAUCGACCCAGGAGCGGGGCCCCAAACGGCAACAUGAGACCGACAGAGGCUGCACCUCAAAGAGGAUCAAAGGUUCUGUGGUCGAUGAUGUCACAGAGUCGGCCCUUCCUGUGACCCCCAAAGGAUUUCACUCGCUGCAGGAAAAUUUCUUCCGUACCCCGGGGGGCAUGAGCUGCUCACCCCCAGAAUCUGCAAGAAAACUGGAUGUUGGUACCGACGAUUAACCAAAAGCAAUCUGGAAAUGUAGGACGAGACCGGGGGAGGGUCUUUGUCACUUUGCUGCAGGACUACAACUCCCAGCAUCCCCGGUGUGCCAAAGGAACACCUGGUCACUUCUGUAGAACUUUUAAUUUUUUUUUUCUAGAAUAUUUUUUGGCAUAAAAAAAAAAAAAAUUCCCAAUCUGGUACCGAGUGAUUAAUAUCCCUGUGCCCAAUCCCUUCCCAACAGCCUUUCCCCCAGCAUUAAUAGAUUUCACUUGAAUGCCCACGGGCGGCUUUCUCACCGCAGAGACAACUGAUGAAUUUGGCUUUAGACACUUUUUGGUUCUGUUUUGAAAAGUUUUCGUGGGGUGUGGGUGGCCAGGAGGCGGGGCAUUGGUGGCUCAGGAGGCGGGGCGUUGGUGGCCCAGGAGGCGGAGCUUGGGUGACCAGAUAUGAAUAUAGUGUGUGUAUAUAUACACAGUGCAUGAUAUUUGCUGAUGUGAGAAAUACAGGUAUUUGCACAAUGACCAUACUGUGAUGUAUAUACAAUGUUAUGUUUUAUUUUUACUUUUUUUUUUUUGGUUUUAAUUGUAUGAAACUGUUUAUGUAAUGGGGGGGGGCAGCGAUUCAUUCAAUCAGGAUUAUGGGGAGGGGGAAAUACAAUGUUUAAUUAUUUAUUUAUAAAAUAUUCUCAAUGAAAUUAAAAUUUUGUUGUUGAAGAGGAAUUGUCCUGACAGUUUAUCUUGCCCUUUAACCCUGCCACCGUCCCAUGACCCACACAGUGUUAUUUAUUAUCAGGGGUCGGAGUGGGAAUGUGCCGGGAGAAUGGGAAGUUUCCAUUACUUGACUUUUGUUACAGGGGGGGAGAUCAAGGUCCCACCCACUUAUACAAUCAGCUGUGAACUGCAGUCUGGUUACUAAGUGCAUUGACCCUAACAACCAGGUGGGGUUCUGUCUCUUGCAAUACUCCUCAUUGCUUUCCCUGACUCUUAACAUUGUAUCAGUCGUCUCUUCUCCAGCCUAGACUCCUGUUCCCACAAUGCUUUGCAGGCUCUGUUAUUAGGAGGCCUAUGAAUAAGUGUGCAAUGCAUUGUGGGAGCUGGACUGUACUGUGAGUGCCAUAGAUACAAGGUUUCCAAUGUCCUGAUACUAUAGCAACACUGAACGCUGAUCACACUAUUUGCUUGUUUUUUAUUUUCCCUCUUGUUGCUAGGGUCAGUGACACACGGCAACUAUUAAACAUUUACGGCUUGA